AAAGGGAAGAUCUUGUGCGAGGUUUAUGACUUGUCGUCUUUGACACUGCAAUGCAGUUGAUUGGAUUGCUUUAAUCUGGUAUUUUCUAUACUCAAGUAGAGAUCAAAAAUUAAGAUUCAUCGGAUGCUAAAAAAAUUCUUUGAUAAUUAUGAGACUGUGUUAAGGACUAGCCCUGUUUUAAAACUCCACUUCAUCAAUGGUUGUUCUGAGGGUGUUACGUUUUACUUGAAUUGCUUCACAAACAGUAUAAACCAUAACGCAACCAACUGUAUCAAAAUAAGAAGAUAAACCACAUUACCUUAUUAAAACGAAUCAUCGAGUUUAUUGGAUUUGAAUAUCACUGACGAGGAAGGAUAUUGACAUUGAUAUAGAAGGUUUUUAUCAGAGAAAUUAUGGAAAUGGAGGUGAUAUUUGGAUUAUGGUGUUUCGUUUAUUCCUUUCUUGCAGUUGCCUGUGAUGAUUCGACACCAGAUCCGAACAGAAUUCAAGGAGAAGUCACCAAAGAAGAUACUUCAGAUUUAACAGUUGGUAUUGCUCUAGGAGUUGGAACAUUUCUACUGUUGGUAGCUUUCCUCAUCGUCAUCAUUAUCAAUAAAGUUAAGAAUAGGAGACAACGAAACGAGGAAAUCAAAGUUGAAAAUGGACAGUCUACUGUGUAUUCUAAUGGCAAUAAUAAUAAAGAUAACAAAAACCAGAUACCACUACACGACGUCAAAACCAUCAGUGUUCAAGAUGACGUACCAAAUAAUGAAAACCAGACAGUUGUUUCCGAGAAGGUUGAAGAAGUUAAAUCUGCAUCAGUAAAAACAGAUACAUCAAAAUAUGAUGACAAAGCAGAUGCACAAGACAAAGCUGAAGGAGCAGUAACGGAACUAGAAGACCUGAAACAAGACAACAACAAAGGAGAAACCAAGUACACUAGUGUACUUGCCGCAGGUGGUGCAGCUGUUGCAGGUGGUGCAGGUCUAAUUGGUGGUUUAAGUCUACUCAGUGGUGAUAAUAGUGAUGAUCCGGCUCCAGAUCUAAAAGAGCAGAUAGAAGAUAAAAUAGAUAAUGAAGUUAUUGAAAAUGCUCCACAAACUAUUGAAAAGGAAAUAAACGAUAACCAGUUUGUUAAAAGUGCCUUUAUGGUCGGUGCAGGCUCUGAUUCAGAAAAAGAUAAUUCAGAAAAAGAACCGUCUGAUAAAGAAUCUGAAAAAGACUUUGAAGACACAGAUGAGCCAGACAUCCCAGCACCACCACCAUCUGUAGAUUACCUGGAAUCAGUAGAGCAUGAGCUAGCAGAAGAGACACACGGUGAAGAAUACCCAGAAUAUCCACCAGUAAUUCCAACUGAAGAUGAUGUGAGGGAAUUGGGAGAAGAUCAUGUGAUACCAGAACAUUCACCAAUAGAUGACGCAGACUUCCAACCAUCUAACACUGUAGGUUCUGAUACUGAUAAUGUGGACUAUGAUAGAGAUUUUAGUGAGGAAGUACCCUCAUUACCAUCUGAUCAUCAUGAAACCAUUUCAGAAAAAGCAACAGCUUACAUUGACCAAGUUGAUACUGAGGAACAAGUGAAAGAAGCAACCACAAAGGUCACAACUACAGCUACCGAUAGUUCUGAAUCAGAUUAUUUAAGAUCACUUCUACCACCACCACUGGAUAUGGAUAAUAUUGUUAUUAUUAGUAAAGAUUAGUGUUUUAAAGUAAAUAUGCCAGAUGGGUUCAACUUAUAUUGACAGACACAAUGUUCUCAAUUUUGUUAUUAUUUCAUAUUGUAUUGUUCCGAAAUAAUCGACUUCAUAAUCAUAUAAUAUAUAUGUAAUAAUAUUGUAAUCUCCUAUGUUCUUGUACACAAUCGCUUGGGGUCCGAUAUUCGCAUAAAACAUAAUAACCGUUUAGGAUCAUCCAUAUUAUAGGAUGUGAUUAAUCCAAUAAUCGCAUUAUACAUGAUCGUUUGUAAUUUACGAUUGAAAUUCUCGUAAUAUAUCAUCGAUGAUCAUCAUCUUAUUGUUAGUGAAUGAUUCUAUAUAUAUAAUAAUCGUUUGGGAUCAUCUAUAUAAUCGGUUGUAAUUGAUCCAAAAAUCGCAUCAUACUUAAUCGUUUGCUGAUACACCAUCGUUUGUGGUACAAUAUUUUCAUUAUAUGGUUUUGGUGACUGAAAAAAUAUAUAGUAAUUAUUGGGAACAUAGUGGUAAACAAUCCACAAAUUGUAUUAUGCAUAAACACGCCUGUGGCUCAGUAUUUGCAUAAGGGUGCAACAUGUGUUAUCAUUUGUAAUCUUCGUUUGCAUUAUACAUAAUUGAUUGUGAAAUUUUAUUUGCUUUAUCUGUAAUCAUUUGUAAUUUAAAUAUAUCUAAUUGUUUGUGUUCUGACAUUCACGUUUUGAUCACUUUUAGUCUACCAUUCGUAUUAUGCAUAAUAGUUUUUUGUUGUGAGAUUUAAGCCAUUGGUGUAAUAUCAAUAGUCGAAACAGAGUACAAUUAUAAAAUAAAUUUUUAUGAUUA